CUAUCGAGCAGAGCUGCCCCGGAUGUGUUUGUCGCUGGCCUGAACGGAAAUCUCACCCGCUCCAAACAUGGCGGGUGAAUCCGCAAUGGAGCUGCUGUUUUUAGAUACUUUCAAGCACCAAAACACGGAGCAAGGCAGCAAUGUAGACGUGGUCCGAUUUCCAUGUGUGGUAUAUAUCAAUGAAGUCAGAGUGAUCCCUCCAGGGGCGAGAGGUCACUGCAGCCUCCCAGACAGCAGGGCUUAUGGCGAGACCUCUCCGCAUACAUUUCAUCUGGAUUUGUUCUUCAACAAUGUCAAUAAGCCCAGCGCUACCGUAUUUGACAGACUGGGGAGUCUCGAAUAUGAUGAAAACAGUUCUAUCAUCUUUCGGCCGAAUACCAAGGUUAAUACAGAUGGGCUCGUGCUGAAAGGAUGGUACAAUUGUCUGACUCUGGCUGUCUAUGGUUCGGUAGACCGUGUCAUCAUAAAACAUGAGCGAGACUCUCCACCGCCUCCGCCGCCGCCUCCACCACCUCCACAGCAUCAGCAGAUCCCACUGAAAAGGAAUCCUAAGCAUGUUGAAGAAGACAAAGAAGACCAGUAUAAUGGUAGUCCACCAAGACCGCAGCCUAGAGGGCCCAGAACUCCACCAGGUCCUCCACCUCCUGAUGAUGAUGAUGAUGAGCCAAUGCCAGCUGCAGGCGCAGAAAAGGAUGAUGAUCGGGAACAGGGGGAAGGCUACUUUGAGCCAAUUUCGCCUGAUCGCGUUUCUAUUCACCCCGAUGGCAAUUACUCAGAUGAUGAGGAUGGGAAUGAUGAUCCUCAAGACGAUGGAGAUGAAGACGACGACGAGGACGACGAUGAGGAGGACGAGGACGAUGAUCUCAAUGCUGAUGAUGAUGAAGAUGACGACGAUGUCCAAACAGGGGACAGCAUCGUUGACGAAGAUGACGAGGAGGAGGAGGAUGAAAUUGAAGGCAUUAAUACAACCUCCUGUAAGACCUAUUCCAACCAGCACGUCAUUCACCCAGCAACACCUUUCACUGCAGGCAGUCCACAUUGUGAUGAUGGAUAUGAACAAAUAUCCAGCGACGAAGACGGGAUCGCUGACUUUGAACGGGAAGCUUUUAAAUAUCCAAGUUUUGAUAUUGAUUACACUCCAGAGGAUUUAGCUUCUGUACCCACCAUGACUUAUGAUCCCUACGAUCGUGACUUGGGUCCUCUUAUGUACUUCAGCUGUCCAUAUAGAACUUCUUUUGAGAAUGAAAUUGGCAAGCUCCGGGACCAGGACCUCGAUAAGGAGAGUUCUGGAGCAAGCGAGGUAUCAGUGAAACUAUUGGAACUACUGGAUCUGUAUCAAGAGGACAGGGGUGCUAAGUGGGUUACAGCAUUAGAAGAAGUACCCAGCUUAAUAGUGAAAGGACUAAGUUUCCUGCAGCUUAAAGAGCCAGGACGAGACCAUCUCAGUCAGUUAGUUGAUUGGGCCUUACAAGCACUGGACUUGCAGCUGGCUCUCCAGCAACCUAUUGCCUUGAAUGUUAGGCAGCUCAAAGCAGGUACUAAGCUGGUGUCCUCUCUUUCAGAAUGUGGCACUCAGGCUGUAGAGUUUCUCCUGAAUGCAGAUGUCAUUGGCAAGUUGUAUGGCUUGUUGUUUGCAGAACAUGUGUCAUCAUCCCUCAAACUAAAUGCGUUUAAGUCACUGGACAGCGUCAUCAGCACAACUGAAGGGAUGGAUGUGUUUUUAAAAGGUCAUCCCGAUUCAGAAGGAAAAAGUGGGUACCAAAAACUCUUGGAGCUGAUCUUGUUGGACCAGACUGUGAGGGUGUUCACAGCUUGCUCUGCUGUUCUGCAGAAAUGCCACUUCUAUGAAAUCCUGUCAGAUGUGAAGAGGAUGGGGGAGCAGCUAGCUGAAGGCACGCCACCUCUUUCUGGCCACGGAGACCCUGUCCAGGACACCCGGACUGUAGUUGAGAAAACUAGUAGAGAUUAUGACCAUGAUGUGGAGGUUCCUAUGGAUAUGGAUCGUCUCCUGGAAUCCUCCAACAUUAGUGAAGGAGACCUGGAGAAACUGGUUGGUCUUCUAAAUGAGAUAUUUCAUCUUUUAUUGACCGCACCACACUCCAUGAUCCAGCCUCCUGUGAAGUCCUUCCCAACACUUGCCAGAAUCACCGGCCCAACAGAAAGAGACGACCCUUAUCCUGUCUUGUUUCGGUACCUGCACUAUCAUCAGUUCUUGGAGUCUGCCACUUUGCUCCUGUCCCUGCCGGGAACUAGUGCCCACGCAGGUGUCGUUCAUGCUGUUCGGGAGAUCCUGCGAUUUUUGGCACAGUCUCAGAAAGGACUCCUGUUCCUGCUAUUUGAGAACGAAGCCACAAAUCUGAUUGCCAGGGCAUUGUGCCAAGCAUCUGAGCAAGACCAGGAGGACAAUCUGCAGUCAGAGGGGAACAAUGAGGACUCGUGUGCCUUGUGGCUUUUGCAUGCCACCCAAGCUCUCCAGUACAUCUCUGAACUCUUUAACCACUUCCAGCAUUGUACAGCCACGGAGGAGGCCGACCACGUCAACCUGCUGAGGCUCCUGCACAACCUGUACCUUAUCAGUUUCAAUCCUAUAGGCAGGUCUGCUGUAGCCCACGUUUUCAGCCUAGACCAGAACCUGCAAUGCCUCAUAACCUUGAUGGAGUUCUGCUCGAAGGAACCCCUUGGGGAUGCAAAGUCGAAGAAAUCUGUAGCUUACAAUUACGCGUGUCUGCUUGUGCUGCUGGUGGUACAGACCACGAAUGAUGUUCAGAUGUUGGAGAGUCACUCUGGCCCUUUGCUGAAGCUCUGUAAGGCUGAUGAAAACAAUAUAAAGCUCCAGGAGCUUGCUAAAUGGCUAGAGCCUUUGAAAAGUUUCCGGUUUGAUAUAAAUUGCAUCCCUGGCCUCAUUGACUAUAUAAAGCAGAAUUUAGACAAUUUGAUGGCACCGGAAGGGGUUGGGCUGCUCACUGCUCUCAGGGUGCUUUGCUAUGUGGCUUGCCCACCGACUCAUGUUGAAGGGCAACAGAAGGAUCUUAAGUGGAGUCUCGCUGUUAUUCAGCUCUUUUCUGCUGAGGGACUGGACACUUUUAUUAAAAUACUGCAGAAAAUGAAUAGUAUCCUUAUCCAGCCGUGGAGACUCCACGUCAAUCUUGGGACCACGCUUCACCGGGCAGUAACCAUCUCUGUGGCUCGCUGCACCCUUUCUCUGCUCAAGACCAUGCUGACAGAGCUUCUGAGAGGCGGCUCCUUUGAGUUCAAGGAUAUGCGGGUCCCAUGCACGCUGGUCAACUUGCACAUGCUUCUAUGUUCUAUACCUCUUUCUGGGCGGCUGGAUGGAGAGGAGCAAAAAAUACAGAAUGAUAUCAUAGACAUCUUACUGACCUUUACGCAAGGAGUCAAUGAAAAGUUGACUAUCUCUGAGGAGACUUUGGCCAACAAUACGUGGUCAUUGAUGCUGAAAGAAGUCCUUUCCUCUGUCUUAAAAGUACCUGAAGGCUUCUUCUCUGGGCUCAUCAUACUAUCCGAGCUUCUACCUUUUCCACUUCCCAUGCAGACAACGCAGACUAUUGAACCACAAGACAUUGCAGUGGCUCUGAACACCAGGAAGCUGUGGAGCAUGCAUCUGCACGUACAGGCAAAGCUUCUACAGGACAUUGUGAGGUCCUUCUCUGGGACAUCGUGUCAACCCCUGGAGCAUAUGAUCAGACGCAUCUGCAUCCAGCUGUGUGAUCUUGCCACCCCAACUGCUAUUCUGAUCAUGAGGACAGUGCUGGAUCUCAUUGUGGAAGAUCGGCAGUGCGGUCCAGAUGAGAAGGAGAAACCGUUUACAGGUCAGACGGCGCGGCUCCUCGCUCUCCUGGACUCCUUAGCGUCCCACAGAGCGUGCAAAGUGGUCAUUUUACACCUAAUAAACGGAGGAAAAGGCGAUGAGCGCUAUACUGAGCUUUUCCAGGAGCUGCUGACCUUGAUGAAGUCUUCAGGUGACAAUGUCAUCCAUCAGCAGUGUGCAGAGUAUGUUGCAUCCAUUGUGCAGUACCUCUGCGACCAGGAUAUUGCCCUCAGUAUACCAAGCUCAGGAGAAGCUCCCGUGUCGGAGUUAGAACAGCUUUCCAACUGUUUGCCCAACAAAGAUCAUCUGCCUUCCAUCUGCGAUAGUUUGUUUGAGACUUUAGCGAACAAUGACAGCACCUACACAUCCCUACUUACCUGUAUCAGGACUAUGAUGUUCCUGUCGGAGCACGAUUAUGGCUUCUACCACUUGAAGGGCUCCCUCAGACGGCACAACAAUGCUAUCUACUUACUUCUGAAAAGAGUAGUAUGUGGGUUUGGAAAAGACACUGGGGAAUUGGCCUCCUCAUUUUUGGACUUCAUGAGACAGAUACUGAACUCUGACCCAAUGACUGACGAUGGAGGACUGAUGGAAGUAGACAACGCUCACCCCCCAAAGACCCUCGGGCUCAGCCCUGGCGAGAUAAAACAACUACUUCUUGGCAAAGAAGAACCAGCACAGAACCUGCUAGACUUGGAGAAGCUUGUUCUGGAGCAGUCAAAAGAAGAUGAGAAUUUGGAGUCUCUGCUGGACAAUGUGGCUGGAUUUAGACAGAUACUUGAAACAGCCAAAGAGCCUUUACCACUGAGUGACCAGGAGGUGGAGCCAGUUCUGCCUGCAACAGACUCUCUGCAGAAUCUGUUUAAUAACAGAUCUGUGUACGUUCUAGCAGAAGUGAUGGACGAGCAGCUGAAAUCUUUAUCAUUUUCACCAUUCCAACCGGAAGAUGCAGAUGUUGAUCUAGACACGGUGAAAGUUGAUUUAAUUGACCUUUCUGCAAAAUGCUGCAGUGACUUUGACUUAAGAGCAGAGCUGGAAAAAUCCUUUAUGUUGGAGCCGUCUUCACCGGGUCGGACGAAAACCACCAAAGGGUUUAAACUGGGAAAGCACAAAAAUGAGACCUUUAUUACAAGUGGCAAGUCGGAAUACAUUGAGCCAGCCAAAAGGGCUCACUUUGUUCCUCUGCCUCGGGGAAGGGGCAGGGGAGGAUUCGGACAAGCAAUGCGUCCUCAUGAUCUCUUUCGCCAGAGGAAGCAAAACACAAGCCGGCCGCCCUCCAUGCACGUGGACGAUUUUGUGGCUGCUGAGCGUAAAGAAGUGGUGCCUCCAGUUGGUAUUCUUCCUCCCAAGCGGCCUCCAAAAGUGACUCAGAAGGUUUCGUCCCGGGGUGGGUUUCCAGGAAAUCGAGGCGGAAGAGGCGUUUUCCAUAAUCAGAGCAGAUUCUUUACUCCGCCUGCACCUAAAGUGAACUACAGUCGUCGGGAAGGAGUCCGUGUCCUGAACUGGGCUGCGCAGACCGCUCCACGGGGAACCUAUGUGGAAAGCAGGGGUGCUCAAAGCAACUUUGAUCGGGGCCCCUUGCCUCCUCUUAGACAGAGCUCUGCAGGAUACCGUCUUAACCCACGUGAGCGAGCUGCCAGGGGACGUGGUGGCCUUGGACCAUCCUGGACAAAUGCUGCAGGAGGUGGAAACAAUUCACGGGGAAAGUUUAUGGGGGGGAAUGGCAACCGGGGACGUCAUAUACGUUCUUUUACAAGAUAGGAGAAACUCUCCUGGACAUCUUAUAUAUGUGAAUAUUUUCUAAGAUCGUCGGAAAGCGGCAAAUGAAGCACUAAUGGACCAAUAGACGAAGGUGCUUUGUGAUUGCGCUCUUGGGUCUGGAGAUAGUAAAUUAAUUUUGAUACACAAGUCGGUGUGUAAAACAUUUUAUUUUUCUGUACAGUAUAGUAAUUUUUGUGUUGGUCUUAUUUCUUUGGAGCAAUUUUUGUAAUUAAAAUAAGGAGGACCACU